AUGGCGGCCGCAGGAGGAGCAAGCUACACCGACCGUUCUUUGCAGUAUACCCCGACUUGGGCUCUUGCAACUGUUUGUUUCAUAUUCAUCCUUUUAGGCCUUUUUGUUGAACACUUGAUCCAUCUCCUAGGUCAUUGGCUAAAAAAGCAUAAGAAGACUGCUCUGUAUGAAGCUGUAGAAAAGCUUAAGUCGGUUUUGAUGCUUUUGGGAUUUAUGUCACUAAUAUUGACAGUGACAUCAAGAUCUAUAUCGAAAAUAUGUAUUCCGAACAAGGUUGCAGAUUCGAUGCUGCCAUGCCGAAGAGAUAGACAAACAAAAACUCCCAAGGCUUUAGAGCACAUAUGGGUCUCCUUUCAGAAUGCAGUUUCAGGAGGAGAAUAUAAGGAUGAUUUUAUAUCUCGUCAAGAAAGAAAAUUGGCUGCAGAUACUGCUUAUUCUACCGAUCAUUGUGGCUCUAAGGGAAUGACUUCUUUCAUGUCAGAACAAGGAAUAAACGAGCUCAAUAUUUUCAUAUUUGUGCUAGCAGCUAUGCAGAUUGUGUACAGCCUUGUCACAAUGGGUUUGGGAAGAGCCAAGAUGAAGCGUUGGAAGGCUUGGGAGAGAGAGACGCAUAGUGUCGAAUAUAUGGCUGCCAAUGAUCCUGAAAGAUUUAGAAUAGCAAGACAAACAACAUUUGGGAGACGACAUGUAACCACGUGUUCAACUACUCCUGCUCAAUUGUGGAUUAAAUGUUUUUUCCGGCAAUUUUUCAAAUCUGUACCCAAAAUUGACUACCUCACUUUGCGCCACGGCUUUAUUUCGGCUCAUUUAUCAACAAACAACUCCUUCAAUUUCCGAAAGUACAUACAACGAUCGUUGGAAGACGAUUUCAAAGCAGUUGUUGGCAUAAGGGUGGAAUGUAUAUCUUUGGGUGUCAUUUGUCCCAUUGAUUAUGGUUCUGGCUAUUGGAACUAA